UGGAGACUCCUUUCGGGAAAGAACUUCUGGGAUCUGCUGUAUCUCCCUCCUGAGUCCUGACUGUAGAGGAAUGAGCACACAGACACAGACUUGGUCGCUGCUCAGCUGAUUAUUUACAUGCCAAAAAGAACAGAGUUGCAAAUAUGACAAGAACCCAAAGCACCAAGAGAUGUGCAACUGGCAGCAAAGAGUAUAGCUAUUUUCUGCUAAAACACCAUCCAGUCACUUGGUGUGUGCUGCUUGUUGUACUGGUGACAGUCUUUGCUGGAAAUGCCCAUGCUGGUGGCAAGUCAUAUACAGGGCCCUGUGGAGGAAGAGACUGCAGUCAAGGGUGCCAGUGUCUGCCGGAGAAAGGAAGUCGUGGACAACCAGGACCUCUUGGAGCACAAGGUACCCCUGGACCACCUGGACUCAUAGGAAUAGCAGGUCUCCAAGGACAUAAGGGAGACAAAGGAGAGCGAGGAUUUACUGGAGUGACUGGCCCCUCUGGAGACAAGGGCCAUAGAGGUGUGACAGGUUUUGCCGGAGCUGAUGGUGUACCUGGACAUACGGGUCAGGGUGGCCCAAGAGGUAAACCAGGUCAUGAUGGUUGUAAUGGAACAAAAGGUGAUGGUGGUGAUGGAGGCUCGCAUGGUCCAAGAGGCCCUCCUGGAAUUCCUGGUGGAUUUGGUGCCAAAGGCCAAAAAGGGGAUCCGUUUCAUGUAUCCAUCGAGGUGAAAAAUAGACUUAAGGGAGAUCCUGGUGAACCAGGUUUUAAUGGUAUUCAGGGACCAAGGGGUUUUCCUGGAAUAGCAGGAUUCAUUGGGCCACAGGGUAAUCGUGGACCUCGUGGGCCACCUGGACCUCCUGGGCCACAGGGAUCACAAGGCAACAGAGGCCUUGGAUAUUAUGGAGAAAAAGGAGAAACCGGUGAUCCAGGUCCACCUGGUGAACAGAGUGGUCCAGGAGUGAGAGAACAACAGCACAAAAAUGAAAUUCUCUUGCUACAAUAUAAGGGGGCCACGGGUGACCAAGGAGAAAAGGGAAUUCCUGGUGAUGAAGGUCAACAAGCGUUCACAGGAGAAAAAGGAGAAGAAGGUAUCACAGGAUUUCCUGGACAAAGGGGGUUGCCUGGUAUUGAUGGUGCCCGUGGAGCUUCAGGAGAAAUAGGGUUUCCUGGGACAAAUGGCGUGCCUGGAUUACCUGGACAAAAUGGAAAAAAGGGAGACCAUGGGGAACGAGGACCUCAAGGACCUGUUACCUAUGUAAAUGGUCAAAAAACAGGAAAAGGUUAUGAAGGUGAUAUUGGAUUUCCAGGACAGGAUGGCCUUUAUGGAGAUGAAGGAGACCUGGGAGAUCCUGGUUUUCCAGGUCAGAAAGGAUUUCCGAGUACAUUUCCAGGGCCCACAGGUGAUACAGGGUUGAAAGGUCAAAGGGGUCCUAAAGGUUACCCAGGUGAUCCAGGCUUACCAGCAUUUCAGCCUGGACCCCCAGGUAUAGAUGGAGACCCUGGCAAAGAAGGACCGCCUGGCAAACCUGGAUACCCAGGUGGACGCAUUGGGAUGAAGGGAUUACCUGGACCUCCAGGAAGGGAUGGACACAGAGGAUUUCCUGGUUCUCGGGGUUUCAAAGGAAAUAAAGGUGAACAAGGGGAAUGCAAAUGUUUUGCAGGAGAUGAAUCUAGCAAAGGCCCUGCUGGAGAGCCUGGUCCAGUGGGUUUCCCAGGCUUACAGGGUCUAUCAGGCAGAAAAGGAGAAACCGGAGAUAGAGGAGUACCAGGGCUUCCUGGAACACCGGGCACAGUGGGUCCAGCUGGUCCUGCUGGUCUUCCAGGUCCUGCUGGAGAGAAGGGUGAUAAAGUAUUUGCUACAGAAAAAGGGUCCAAGGGAGUUCAAGGAGACCCUGGUGUUCCUGGCAUCCCUGGGCAUGUUGGAUACCCUGGAAGAAAUGGUAAAGAUGGUAUUCCUGGCUUUCCAGGCCCUCCUGGAGAUGGUGUAAAAGGACUCCCAGGUCACGCUGGGUUUCCAGGACAACCUGGAAUUGCUGGUGCUCGAGGUGAAACGGGCUUUCCUGGACCCGGAUUUCCAGGUCCAAAAGGCAUGCGUGGAGAUUCAGGAGACAGGGGUGUGAGUGGAUUCCCAGGAAUUCCUGGACUUCCAGGUCCCCAAGGUGACUGCUACCAAGAAACAGAUGAAGAAAAUAAAAUAGGAAAAGAAGGAACUGGCUGCCGUCUAAUUGCACCUCCAGCUCCAACAGGUUCCCCAGGGCCACCAGGAUUACCAGGAUAUAAUGGUUUAAGAGGACAGAAAGGUUUUCCUGGACCACAAGGUUUUGAUGGAGUUUUUGGAUUAAAGGGCGUCAAAGGAGAUCCUGGAAAUGAUAGUUUACCUGGACCACCAGGUUUUCCUGGGCAAAGGGGAGACAGAGGUAAUGCAGGAUUUCCUGGCCAACCAGGGGCACCAGGUCUAUCAGGAAAACCUGGCCUUAAAGGGGUUCAAGGAGAAAAAGGAGUUGCAGGUGAUCGCUUAGGAGCUCCACCAGGGGAGCAAGGCGAUACUGGACUGCCUGGCUUGCAAGGACUGAAAGGAAAACAAGGGGAUCAAGGCAUACCUGGUCUGCAAGGUAACUUUGGAACACCAGGAACACCUGGAAACAAGGGUAUUCAAGGCAGUGUUGGGGCACCAGGAGCACCUGGAAUACCAGGACCUGCAGCACUAUUUGGAUUUCCAGGAAUUCCAGGAAACCCAGGCAUGCUAGGACCUCAAGGUUCAAUGGGACCUCCAGGUCCUCCAGGGCCAAGAGGAGAUGAAGGCGAGAAAGGGCCACCAGGUCCAGUUGGGAUGAAAGGGUUACCUGGAGAACCAGGUGACCAAGGAUUUGUUGGAGUUAGGGGCAAACAAGGAGCUCCAGGUAUCCCUGGCUUGGUUGGAAUGCAUGGACUUCCUGGUGUGAAAGGUAUCAAAGGUUCCCCUGGCAUGGAAGGAUUCCAUGGAAUGAAAGGAGUGAAGGGGAGACCUGCAUGGAGAGGAAUCAAGGGACCAAGUGGUAAUAUAGGAUUUCCAGGAAUAAAAGGAAGAGAGGGGAUACCGGGUGCCAAAGGUGACCGUGGGGAAAGAGGACCACCAGGAGAGUCCCCACAAAUGCUGCCAGAAAUAAUGCUUUUGGUAAAAGGUGAAAAAGGAGAUCAAGGUGUGCCUGGAUUUAAGGGCACUACGGGACCUAAAGGCAGUAAAGGUAUGCCUGGGAAUCCUGGGCAGCCAGGGACACCUGGCUUGCCUGGCAUACCAAGCUUUGAAUUUGGUGAUAAAGGAGAAAUUGGCUCUCCUGGGCCUGUCGGUCAUCCAGGAAUUCCAGGAGAAGGUGGUCCACGAGGAAUUAUUGGCUUCCCAGGAUUUACUGGUCCCAGAGGUACCCCUGGUUUCUCUGGCCUACCUGGUGUUCCUGGUGAAAGAGGCAGUUAUGGAGAUACAGGAGAGAGAGGUGAUACUAUUGAUUUACCAGGAGAAGAAGGAGUGAAGGGACAGGUUGGAAUCCCUGGAUUGCCAGGACAGCACGGAAUACCUGGAGAAAAAGGAAUAAAAGGAGAUCAGGGUGUUCAGGGUAUUGAGGGAAUGAAAGGUGAACCUGGACAACCAGGAGAAAGAGGAUUCCCAGGUCAGCAAGGCCUGGUAGGCUUACCAGGCUCACAGGGUUCACCAGGUCUACCGGGAGUGCACGGUGAGAAAGGAAGUGCUGGGUUUCCUGGAUUCCCUGGUCAACAUGGUUUUCCUGGCACAAGAGGGAUUGCUGGCCUAGAUGGUCUUCCAGGCACUAAAGGAAUCCAGGGACAACCAGGUGCGGAAAUAACUGGUUUAAAGGGAUUUAAAGGUCUUAGUGGUGAAAGAGGUCAACCCGGAGAGGCUAGUUCCAUUGUAGGAACACCUGGACCUGCAGGACUUAAAGGAACCAAAGGGGAUCAAGGUUUGCCUGGCUUAAUUGGAAUUACUGGUACAGUUGGAGUGCGUGGCUUGCCUGGGUUUUCUAACAGGACAGGAACACCAGGAGAUGUUGGAUUUCCAGGACCUCCUGGACUGCCAGGUUUUCCAGGCCCUAUGGGAAUCCCGGGUUUACCCUCUAAACCUGGAGUAAAAGGAGAAAUAGGAGAGCUGGGGUCACAAGGGGAUUAUGGUGCUAAAGGUAUUCCUGGUGAUCAGGGAAAACUGGGAGCUACUGGAGUUGCUGGAAUGCCUGGAGUGAAAGGUUGGAAAGGCAAUGCUGGCUUCCAUGGUGUGGUUGGGGAAUCAGGGCAUCCAGGUGAUCAGGGACCUAAAGGAUAUAAAGGUGACAAAGGAGAACAUGGCUUUAAGGGUCCUCCUGGACAACCAGGCCCAGUGUCUGAACCUCCUCUUGCUACUGCUGAACACGGUUCCCCUGGGCCACAAGGAAUUAUUGGCCCUGAAGGGGUUAGGGGUGAUAUAGGCCCAAAAGGUGUUGUGGGUAGUCCAGGUGCCCCUGGCCAAACUGGGAAAGAAGGAUUACCAGGCAUACCAGGAUGGUCUGCACCUCCAGGCAACCGCGGAGAACUGGGACUCAUGGGACAAAGAGGACUUGAUGGACUAAAAGGUGACAGUGGUGUGCCAGGCAGGGCAGGGCUUCCUGGGAUGCCUGGAAGAAGUGUGAAUAUUGGUUAUCUUUUAGUCAAGCACAGUCAAACUGAUGAAGAGCCAAUGUGUCCUGUUGGUAUGGCCCAGUUGUGGACUGGGUACAGUCUGUUAUAUUUUGAGGGACAGGAAAAAGCACACAAUCAAGACUUAGGUUUGGCUGGAUCUUGUUUACAACGCUUCAGUACAAUGCCUUUCCUGUACUGCAACCCAGGUGAUGUGUGUUAUUAUGCAAACCGUAACGAUAAGUCUUAUUGGCUUUCCACCACUGUUCCUCUUCCAAUGAUGCCAGUGGUGGAAGAAGAAAUUAGGCCGUAUAUUAGCCGUUGCUCAGUGUGCGAAGCUCCAGCAGUAGCAAUUGCUGUUCACAGUCAGGAUGUCAGUAUCCCGCAUUGCCCAGACGGAUGGCGGAGCUUGUGGAUUGGAUACUCCUUUCUCAUGCACACUGCAGCAGGCGAUGAGGGAGGAGGACAAUCCCUCGCUUCCCCUGGAAGUUGUUUGGAAGACUUCAGGGCGACUCCAUUCAUUGAAUGUAAUGGUGGAAGAGGGACCUGCCACUACUUUGCAAACAAGUACAGUUUCUGGCUUACUACAAUUGACCAGCCCUUCCAGAGCUCUCCAAGCGCAGAUACCCUUAAAGCUGGGCUGAUUCAAACUCAUAUCAGCCGAUGCCAAGUCUGCAUGAAAAAUUUGUAAAAACAAAUCCUUGCUGAUUUUUAUGACAAAAAAUUUAAUUGGUGCUCAAUGUUAACUUAUUACCUCACACCAGAUGAUGAUGCUAUCAUGUUAACUUUGUUAAACCUUUGCUAUUCAUAUACCUGCUUUCCUCCCCUCUCUAUGCAUUACAGCAUUAUAUGGCAAGGACAUGCAAGGCCUGCUACUUGGAUAGGGGGGAUUCAUUCAUCACACAGCUAUUCUCUAACAAAUGGGAUUGUGUACAUUAAAUGAUAACUAAAUAUUAUUUGCAUCCAAA